AUGUUGCACAAUGUAAUAGAUGAAAUGCCAGACAAAAAUUUUGUGGUGCAACUCCUAGAAUGGAACCUCCGAGGAGUGUCCCAGGUGAUAAUGGCCAAUAACCCGCUGAGCGGAGCGCUGAUCUUGGGAGCUUUGGUCCUGUCUAGUCCCUGGUUAACCCUUGCAGCAAGUGUUGGACUGCUAUCUUCAACGCUUACCACCAUCAUCACUGGUCAGGAGAGUGAGUUGUAUUCCCAGGGUCUGCAUGGAAGCAAUGGAUUUCUGGUGGCACUAUUGAUGGCAGUGUUCAGUGCUAAAGGAGACUGGUUCUGGUGGCUGCUAAUCCCAUGCUGCCUUGCUGCGGUCUCAUGCACCAUUAUUUAUGGUAGUCUGAUCUCUCUGUUUGAGCCCAUGAACCUUCCACUCAGCGUCUUCCCCUUCAACACCAUCUUACUUCUCUGCUUGGCUGCCACGAGGCCCCACCACAGGUUCUUCCCACAUGUGCCGGCUUCACCGAUCGGAGAUGCUGCUCAAGGAGAAGAGUGUGUGUGUCCAAAUGAACAAGGUGACAUUAGAGAGCACAAAGGACUAUGCCAGGUCAUUCCCCUUGGAGUAAGCCAAGUGUUUGCCUGUGACAGUCUUCUAUCCAGCUUCAUCAUCAUGCUUGCCAUUACUCUCUUCUCUCCACUGGUUUGCCUCCAUGCCCUUCUGGGCUCCAUAACAGGCAUGAAUGCGGGUCUCUCGCUAGAUGUUCCUCAUCACAGUCCCUACUCUGGCUUGACAGGUUUUAACGGUGCCCUGAGCUCCAUUACCAUUGUGGAAAGCUUUGACACAAAUUGGAGGACGCAUCUGUUUUCAGUAGCCAGUGACUGGAUGAUUGACAGCCCAACCACCUUUGAUGUGAGCCUGUAA